ACACAGUUAGUUUUAUGAAAAUCGAACGCGCAACAGGUGUUCAAUCGCAAACAACACGCUCGAAUUAAACGAAUCGCCGCGCGGAAAGCGCUCGCCAAGCCAAAGAAAACUCAAGUCGCUGCGUGAAAAGCAGGGGAGAUACUUACAACACACAAAAUAACAAAGUAAACAUUGGAUUGUGGAGAAGAGGCCGAAAAUCUUUGACACCUGUUCGCCAACACAUUCCUGCGUUCUUUUUGCGUUCUGCGCCUGCGCGUGUGGUUUUUAUUUAGUUUUUCACGUUGUUUACCUCUCUCGCGGGUGUUUUAAGGUCUUCGUUUUUGUACGAAUUAACAAACAAGUGGCUGGGGACAUUCGACAAUUUGCUAGUUGCAAUUGCAGCAUAUUUUCAUCCCAAAUUCAAGCCGUGAGCAAGGGAAACAACAACAGCAACAGCAGCAUAAACAUAAACCAAAAAACCGGUUAAAGCGGACAAGAGUGAGAAAGAAAGGCGCCCCAAAAGAGCAAGCGGGACAAACACAUAUAAAACGUAAAAAAUACAACGAAAAAAAAAGAAAGGAAAAAAAAACCGAAAUAAAAGAUCCACAGAUUUUUGGGCUUUGUUUUGAAAUGCAAACAGAAAAAUAAAGUGUGUUUGUUCUUUGUUUACCCGUGCUAACACCGAGUUUUCCCCCGUAAAAGCCUUAUCGGCCGAUCAAAUCGAAAGUGAACGAGUAAUUGCCGUUGGUAUUUCGAUAUUGCCAUUGCCGAAACUCUUCGCGUGGCCUUUUUCCUUAUCGCCAGUCCGCCUUACCAGAAACAACUACCUGUUGCUGCAACGAUCAUCACCAGAUCUUCUGUAACAUGCUCUUAACCAAAGGUUAUUGAUUGGUUACAUCGGGAAGUUCAGUCAAAAUGGCAGACAGCAACACCAAAUCCCCAAUGGAGCACACUUCCGAGGGUUGUGAUGAGGUUGACUUUAUAGUGGCCACACACAACAAUAACAACGAUUAUGAGGAUUUAAGUGCAGUGAGUCAGGCGGUGAUGAACACCAAAGGAGCAGCAGUGGAGUCAACAACAUCCGCAACAGCAACAACGGCAGCAACAGCCGCAACAGCAACACCAAACAACGAACCAAACAGCAACACCCUGAAAAAGACCAAGGAGCGUCGCACCCUCUUCCAUUUUGGCAGCAGCAGCAGCAAGAAGCUGAGCCAGAGCAAGUCACAGGAUAGCCAGGAUGCGGCCAGCAAGGAUGGCAACCAGGCCACAUCCCCGCCAGCUGCCCUGCCGCCAGUGCCUAUUGGCACACCGCCGCGACAACACAAGUUCGUGAAGAGCAACAGCCUGGCCAGGCUGCUGGGCAACACCUACAAUGCCAAGAAGUUCGAGAAGCAGGAGCAGAAGCGUUUGGCCAGCUCCGAGGGCGGCAAGUUCAACACGUACAGCGGGAGGCGUGGUCGCGGAGGUCCCUAUCUGGAGCGCUUCAAGCGCGUGUCCAAGGAGGACGGCGAUGUGGCCGGCGAGGAUGACUGCGUGAGGGUCACCAAUGUCAUCACCCUCACGACGGACUCGCGGGACUUGCAGUACGGCAGCCGGCAGGAGCAUGUGGGUCGCACUGGUGGUCACGACCAGCAGCACGAUCAGCUCAGCUCCAAGGCCAUUCGCACGCUCACCCAGUUGGGCAAGCUCUGGCGACGCACCCACAGCGUGGACAUCAGCACUCCGGACCCCGAGUUCAAGGUGUCCUAUCUGGGAAAUGUCCUAACCGGCUGGGCCAAGGCAGGAGAGGGUUGUGUGGAGAAGCAGCUGAACACCUUGUGGCGCAACUACACCCAGCACUCCAAACCGGAUGUGAUCAUGCGACUGAAGGUCUGUGCCUCGGGCUUGAAGGCCACCACCCGGCAGCAUGUCACGGAGUACUGGGCCCACAGGAUCACCUACUGCUGCGCACCGAAGAACUAUCCGCGGGUCUUCUGCUGGAUCUAUCGCCACGAGGGCAGGAAGCUGAAGCACGAGCUACGCUGCCAUGCGGUGCUCUGCAGCAAGGAGAAGAUCGCCCAGGACAUUUGCGAUACCCUGAGGGAAAACCUGGAGAGCGCUUUGCGUGAAUUUAAGCGUGAGAAAAUUCUGAAGCAAAACGCUCGCCUGAGUUUGGCCAACGCCGUCUACGACAACCCGAGCUUGCCGCGCCGCAAGAUCAUGCUGAGUGUGGGCGGCAACAACUACCGACCGCCGCUGGAGCGCUCCAAGUCGGCGCCCAAGCUGAUGGCCAUCGAGGAGGCCAUUGGCGAGGAGGAGGGCGACGAGAUCGAGGACACCAAUGAGCCGGAGAUGAUGCCCUGCUGUCAGAAGGACUCCCUCUAUCCGGCCAUGACUCUGGGCAGGCGCCGUUGUCGUCGCGGCCACUCGAUUCGGAGGACGGGCAAGAUCCAGUCCUUCUCGCCCUGCUGCAGCUCGCACAUGGCGCAGAAGGAGCUGCCCCAGGAGGAGGUGGCCGCUGUGAGCAGUCCCGCUAACGAUGGCUCCGAUUCGGAUGACUUUGAGAAGCUGCUGAAGUUUGACACAACCCUGAGCAACGAGUUGUUGCCGUACUUCGACAUGCAGCUCCACAAGAACAGCAGCCAGAGCAUGGUGAGCCUCAGCGAUCUGAAGGAGGAGGAGGGCGAGCCUUUGAGCCUGCUGCCCACGAUCAACAGCGACCCUAGUGCGGAUCCGGAGGCGGACUACAAUGCCGAGGAUCAUGAAGUGUGCCCGCGUCGCAGUGGCGUGUGCAGUGACGGCGAGGAGGACUUCCUGGACGAUGCGGACGACCACUACUUCCGGCAUGCGGCCAUGCUGACCAUGCUGCACCGCAGCUCGAUGAGGAAGAUGAGGGCUGGAGAUCAAGGGAGCUUGAAGUACCGCCACCAGGCGCAGUCAUCGAUCUCCUCCAAUGCGUCGAGCUCGACGACGGCCAGCACUUCGGCUGCAGCGGGCGGAGGAUCCAACCAGCAGGGCCUGGCCAGUCCGGACAGCGACGAGGGAUCGAUAUCAAGCGGCUGCGAGACGGCCAGCACAGUCACCAAUGCCAACCACGAGGAAUUCAACGGCAAGCGGGACAGCGAUCCCGGCCAGCUGGAGCAGUCGCCGGACUUGGAGCUGCAGCAGGAGCAGGUGCUGGAGCAGAUGAUGAUCUACCAAAGACUGGAGCAGCAGCUGCGGAACAACAGCGGUGAUGCAACCAACUACAGCAGCUCCAGCAGCAUUACGCUGAAGCGCAGCAAUUCCGGCAGUGAUGAACUGGAACUGGACAAGCAGGAGAGGAGUGACCAUCCGGCUGAAGACUCCGACAGCGACGAGAGCGGCUAUGUGGAGUUCCAGGAGAAGGAGCGACCUGGUCAGCAGCCGCUUAUUAGUGAGGCCAGCGUAACUCUGGCCAAGAUUGCGACGGUCAAGCCACAGAUUCCCCCAAAGCCGGCUCCACGGCGAUCGCUCAGCCUCAAUGUGGCCACCGGCACCUCAUCCGCUGGCAAGGCUCCGGGCACCGCCGUCUGAGGAAAUGCUUUAAUCACAACGGAAACCCGUCUACAAAUUGUUAUUUCUGCACACCCGUCAGCAAACAAAGCAAACACAAAGUGCAAGAAAUUGAAACCCUAGUUGUAGGUUAGCCAUUAGCACUUAGUCGAUAAGUCAUUUGUUGUUGGUUCAUCAAGAGGAAGACCUAACGAUAUUCCCAUCCAUUUCCCAUCCCAUCAUCGAUAUGUGCCCCCUAUUCCAAAAAUAAUGAAUUUAUAUUGUACGCCCCUGUAAAUAAACUAGAUGCCCUAAGCACUGCAUGUACUAUAUAUAUCUACACGAUUGUAAUUGAUGAACUGUAUCUUACGUACCAAUAUAAAUUAUUAUCUGAAUGAUA